AUGGCAGAUGCAGAAGGGUUCGUUGAAGCAGAUAAUGCAGAGGCCAUUAUUACCAGAAUUGAACACAAAUCCCGCAAGAUCGAAACUUUACUCAAACAGUAUAAACCCGUGGAAGCCCUUAAAACUGCGCUUGAAGGAACAUAUGCCAUUAUUGGUGAUGAGCGUUGCAAGUCAGCACAUUGGAUUGUUGUGCAUAGAGCUAUAAUGGCUAUAAAAGAUGUGGAUGGGAUGCUUUCUUCCUUGGAUCCUGAGUACUAUGAUAUUCUAAUGAAGUACUUGUAUAGAGGCUUAGCCACUGGAGAUCGUCCCACAUGUGAUCAAUUUCUUCGGAUUCAUGAAAAAUUGACAGAGAAAGCAGGACAUGGUUGCAUCCUACGUUUCCUGACUGAUACUGUAAAUACAGUUUGA